GCCGGGCCGGGCCCCGCUCACCGACAUGCUGACCUUCUUCCUUGUGUCGGGGGGCUCCCUCUGGCUGUUCGCUGAGUCUGUCUUCUCGCUCCUGGAGAAGAUGCAGACCCAGGAGAUCCUGAGGAUGCUGCGGCUGCCCGAGCUGGGCGACUUGGGGCAGUUCUGCCGCAGCCUUUCCGCCACCACCCUCGUGAGCAUGGGUGCCCUGGCUGCCAUCCUCGCCUACUGGUUCACUCACCGGCCAAAGGCCGUGCAACCACCAUGCGACCUCCUGAAGCAGUCGGAGGAAGUGGAGGGCAGUGCUGGGGCCCGGCGCUCCGUGAUCGGGGGUAGUCCCCAGCUCCUCACCCACUACUAUGAUGAUGCUCGGACCAUGUACCAGGUGUUCCGCCGUGGGCUUAGCAUCUCAGGGAGCGGGCCUUGCCUCGGCUUCAGGAAGCCCAAGCAGCCUUACCAGUGGCUGUCCUACCAGGAGGUGGCUGACAGGGCUGAAUUCCUGGGAUCUGGGCUCCUCCAGCACAAUUGUAAAGCAUCUUCAGAUCAGUUUAUUGGCGUUUUUGCACAGAAUCGACCAGAGUGGAUCAUCGCAGAGCUGGCCUGCUACACAUAUUCCAUGGUGGUGGUCCCACUCUAUGACACCCUGGGCCCUGGAGCCAUCCACUACAUCAUCAACACAGCGGACAUCAGCACCGUGAUUGUGGACAAGCCCCCGAAGGCUGUGCUGCUGCUGGAGCACGUGGAGAAGAAGGAGAUCCCAGGGCUCAAGCUGAUCAUUAUCAUGGAGCCGUUCGAGGAAGCCCUGAGAGAGCGCGGGCAGGAGUGCGGGGUGCUCCUUAAGUCCAUGCAGGCUGUGGAGGACUGUGGCCAGGCGAAUUAUCAUGCCCCUGUGCCCCCCAAGCCUGAUGACCUCUCGAUUGUAUGUUUCACAAGCGGUACGACAGGGAACCCGAAAGGCGCGAUGCUCACGCAUGGAAACGUGGUGGCUGAUUUCUCAGGCUUUCUGAAAGUGACCGAGAAAGUGAUCUUUCCGAGACAGGACGAUGUGCUCAUCUCCUUCCUGCCUCUGGCGCACAUGUUUGAGAGAGUCAUCCAGUCUGUUGUGUACUGCCACGGAGGGCGCGUUGGCUUCUUCCAGGGAGACAUCCGCCUCCUGUCUGACGACAUGAAGGCUCUGUGCCCCACCAUCUUCCCAGUGGUCCCACGGCUGCUGAACCGGAUGUAUGACAAGAUCUUCAGCCAGGCAAACACGCCACUAAAGCGCUGGGUCCUGGAGUUUGUGGCGAAGCGUAAACAGGCCGAGGUCCGCAGCGGAAUCAUCAGAAAUGAUAGUAUCUGGGAUGAACUCUUCUUCAAUAAGAUUCAGGCCAGUCUUGGUGGGUGCGUGCGAAUGAUUGUCACUGGAGCGGCGCCCGCAUCACCAGCAGUCUUGGGAUUCCUCAGAGCAGCUCUGGGGUGCCAGGUUUAUGAAGGUUACGGCCAAACCGAGUGCACAGCUGGAUGUACCUUCACCACCCCCGGAGACUGGACCUCAGGGCACGUCGGGGCUCCUCUGCCCUGCAACCAUAUCAAGCUCGUUGAUGUGGAGGAGCUGAACUACUGGGCCAAAAACGGAGAGGGAGAGAUAUGCGUGAGAGGACCAAAUGUGUUUAAAGGUUACUUGAAAGAUACAGAGAAGACAAAAGAGGCCCUGGACCGUGAUGGUUGGCUUCACACUGGAGACAUUGGACGAUGGCUGCCGGCAGGAACUCUUAAAAUUAUUGAUCGGAAAAAGCACAUAUUUAAGCUUGCUCAGGGAGAAUACGUGGCACCUGAGAAGAUCGAGAACAUCUACAUCCGGAGUGAGCCUGUGGCGCAAAUCUAUGUCCAUGGGGACAGCUUAAAGGCCUUCCUGGUGGGCAUUGUCGUUCCCGACCCGGAAAUCAUGCCUGCCUGGGCCCAGAAGAAAGGAUUUGAAGGGACGUAUGAAGAGCUCUGUGCAAAUAAGGACACGAAGAAAGCCAUUUUGGACGAUUUGGUGAGGCUAGGAAACGCAGGUGGGCUCCAUUCUUUUGAACAGCCAUUAAAUAUUCAGAAACUACCUGGGAAUCAUAGUGUGUGGAAGCUACUUCAAAGGUACUAUGUGUAUAUUAGUGGACUUCUUACCAUAAUGACUUCUAAACGAUGUUUGCUGGCUCCGUGAUGAAUGUGCCCUCGGAGAAGACACCAGUCAUUUCUCGGGGUGAGCAGCAGUUCAUGCCCCUGUGUUCCCUGCUGGUCUUCCGGGCUUCAGGCCUCAGCAUGUCCGUCCAGGCCUGUGAAGUCCAGUGGGACUAUUCAGUUAUUCUGAAUAACCUCACUUUUUAGUAAGGCUGUCAAGGCAGAAUGGGGGUUAGGAAGGCAGACAGGGUAUUAUCUCCAAAUAAAAUAAUUUUUUCAAGAAAUAAAAUCAUUUUGGAGGACAUAAGAACUUCUUCAAAAUGCUCCUAGAAAACUUUAUAAGUCUAUCAUAUGAUAUAGCCUUAGGGCAUAAUUCCAUUCCUAACAUUUUUAAGUGCUUCUAUAUUAACCACAAAAACCUCCUCUCAUUAAAAAAAAGAGAAAAAAUAGAAAAAAAGAAAAUCUCCUCUCUUGCAUUAUGUGUUUAGACAUGCCCUGCCCCUGGGUGCCAACAGUUUCAAUAAAGCCCAGGUACCAUAGACAACAAUUGAGCUUCAAGCUAUAGACUGUACAUCUGAAGAAGGCACAAUUCCUAAGAAAGUGUUUUUCUUCUGAGAGACAGGUCUCUGAAAGCAGAGGAAGGAGUGGGCCAGAAGCUUCUUUCAGCAGAAUUUCAAACUGUAAAUAAAUGCUGUCAGUUGAAAACCACAUGGUUACACCGGCCCUUUGGAAGAAUCCUCUACUUAUAUUUCAGUCUUGUUAGAAGUGGACCACAGCUUCAUUUGAUGUAUCUAUCCAGUCUUUUAUAUAUUCCUUCAGCAUAUUCUCUCUGAAGACCCACUGCUUGCACUUAAUGAGUUACAGGCACAUUAAUUUUGAGACAUUUCUGAAUAAAUAAUCUAAAUGUGACCAAGACCUCCGCUAGAUAGUAUUAAUUUUGUCAUAUAUUUAACUAAUUAUAGGUGAAAAUUGUUGCUUGAAUUGGAUAUUAAUACUAUUUUAAAAGCCAGUAACAUCAUAUUACAAAGAAGAAGUGGUUGCCCACUGUCCUACUCGAGUAAAAUUCAGUUAGCUUGGGUUUCAAAAAGAAUUUUAGACAAUAUAAUAUAACCAAGUGAUUUAAAACUUCUGGUUCUACUACACUUUUUGGUAGUUGAAUACUGUCGAUUAUGAAAAACUUUAGACUUCUUCUUUUUCUCACUUAAAAGAUUGUGUUUCUACUAACCUUCCUGAUCUGUGUAAAAAAUCAUCAUACUUGGUCCAAUAAUAGUGAAGAUAUGCUAAGAUAAAUAAAGAGUGAAACCGAAAUAUAUUGCAUGUACAUUCCUAUCUGUGUAGCUCCACCUAAAUUUUUAAUAAAGGAAAAAUAAAACAUUUCCCAAUAUGGUUCUGUGAAAAGAAAAAAAAGGGUUUCUCUUUAACCAACAUAGAAAACAGAAUGUGCUAAGACAUUCACAUUCAGAUUGGGCAUGGAUCUAAAUCCGGUGGUCUAACAGUCAAUUCCUUAAGCAUAAAUUAAACAUGUACGUAAAUGUUUGGCUUUUUUUUUUUAUGUGUUGCUCAUUCAAAUAUGUUAGUACUUCUUGUGUUUUGUAAACGAACUCUGUUGUGUAUAUUGUAAAAUGCAAUUACAUCAAUUUUUUCUUUUUGUCGCAAAUGAUAUCUUUAUAUUAUAUUGUGAUUUCCUCUCCAGAUGGGAAGGCAGACUCUGUCCAGGUGGGUGUGUAGGCCUAGCUCCAUGUAUUAGGAAUUCACCAACUCAGAAGUCCAAGGAAAACACACACCGUGCCUCCCUCAUGAGAAAAUCACCUUUGCACUCAAAAUUUCAGUAAAACAUCAUGUAGAACUUUUCACUGCACAUUUUACAAUCAGAUAAUGUUUGUAGCACCUUAAAAUCUGUUUGAUAUUCUUACCCAUCAAAGAACCAAUAUCCUUUUAUUUUUUUUGCAGCAAAGAAAAUUAAUGAUUAUUUUCCAACUGUAUAAAGCACAAAUAUGAUAUAGUUGUUUAGAAUUCAAAAUUCUAUGACAUGAAUGUAAAGAAUGGGAAAUGUUUUUUGCAUGAAAGCAGGCCACUUGCAAACUUGCUUCUAUCUCAGGAAAAAAGAAUUAUCAUACAUAAAAUUGGUAAAUGAAAUGUUGGGCUAAGUUGGCUGUAUUUCCUUGCUUGUCUUUUUUUUAAAGAAGCUUUUACAUUUUAAAAAUGGAUCCUGCUAGUCUGAAUUUCCUCUCAAGUAUGCUGCACAGUCCUUUCUGUGAAUGUUCAAUUAGCUGCAGGAAGAAUGGGAUUAGCAUUCCUGUGAGGACUAAGCCCCAAAGGAGAAACUCUUUAGUUAGAACACAUUAGUGGCUAUAACAGAAGCAAUAGAUGAAUACCUGGUGUACAAGCUGUAAACCUGAUCUCAAACUGAAAAGGCUAAACAUUCAUUUGAUUGAUUAUUUUCAUUUUCCUUAUUAAGUAAUUGCAAUGAUUGUGUGGGGGGAAAGACUGGGUAUUUUUUGAAGAAAUGCUUAAUCUACUUUCAGUUUUUUUAAAUUGAGGGGAUUAAAAUAUUACUUUUUAAAUAUGCAUAGGUAUAUCUUACCUGUAAUUAUAUUUUAAGUGGCUUUGUUAUAAUAGCAUGCAUGUCAAAUAUAAAUGCAUUUAUGAAAAUUUUUGUAAUGAAAUAAAGAUUUUUCAUUUCUCAAA